GGAUCAGAGGCACUGGUUGGCACAGUGCGGCUUGGUUUGACUCAUUUAGACUUGAUUUGGAGAGACUGGAACACACACACACACUGAGUGUAGCUUAGUGCGACCUGGCUCGACUUGGGGACUCCGGAACACUCACGCACGAAGCUUUAUACACACACACUCUCUCCCUCACACACUCUGUCAUGUCUCUGGCGGAGUUUGUGCGUCAGGGACAGCUGCAGGAGGCUUCAUCACAUCUGUUGUCCAGACUGGGUCAGGUCCUACACAGCCUGUCUGUCAUUGUCCUGGCCCACAGAGCUACAGACAACCUCAGCUAUAGCUACAGACGCAAGAGCACCUACUGGGACUGCCGGGACACAGAUGACAUCAUGCAGCAGGAGAGUGAUCGUCUGUUUGCUGCAGACAUUGAUCCUGACCUCAGGAAACGGUUUGCUUUCCUUUCAGGGGGCCGAGCUGAGAACGGCAGUCCCAUCAUCGUGUUCCCAGAAUUCCCUGCUUUUGGCGAGCUCCAGGAGGAAGAGUUCCACAACGUGCUGACCUACCUGACCAGUGUGCCCAGUGUGACAGCGUCUGGAGUGGGCUUCAUCCUGGUAAUCGACCGCCGCCAGGACAGAUGGACCGCCGUCAAGGGGACCCUGCUACGCAUUGCAGGCUCAUUCCCAGUACAUUUACAGCUGGUUCUGGUCUUGCGGCCCUCCACCUUAUUCCAGCGGACGCUCUCCGACAUCUUCUUCAAGUUCAACAGGGAUGAGUUCAAGAUGAAGGUGCCGGUGGUGAUGCUGAGCUCUGUGACUGAGCUCCAUGCCUACAUCGACCGGACUCAGCUGCCCCAGGAGCUGGGAGGAACCCAGGAUUACUGCCAUGAUACCUGGAUCUCACACCGCACCGCUAUCGAGGCCUUUGCUCUGAUGGUGAAGACCACGGCUCAGACCCUGCAGUCGUUUGGGACGGAGCUGGCCGAGACCGAGCUACCCAACGACGCCCAGGCCACGUCCAACCUGCUGGCCACACACACCGAGAAGAAGGGACAGAUGAAGGAGGACCUGUGUGUGGCCCUGGGCCAGGGGGGCCGGCUCCUGGAGAGCAUCAACGAGCCCUUGCAGAGAGAACCCGACUAUACAAUGAACCAGGACGAACUGGAAAACCUGGCCACCGUGCAGAGACUGCUGGGCCAGCUGGAUGAGACAGAGACAGCAUUUGAUGAUUUCUGGGAGAGACACCAGACCAAGCUGGAACAGUGUCUGCAGCUCCGCCAUUUUGAAUACUACUUCCGUGAGGUGCGUGCCCAGCUGGAUGUGGUGUCAGAGCGGGUAGAGGCGUUCUCGGAGGUUGGCAUCAGUCCCGCCCAUGCAGAACACAUCCUACGAGAACUCAACAGCCAGGAGGAGAAAGCCUGCGAUGUGUUGGACUGGGCUCUGUCCCUGGCCGCUGAGGGGGAUGGGCUGAUUGAGAGUGCUCACUAUGCUGAGGACUCCAUCCUGCCUAAGUGCAGUGAGCUGAGGGCCGUGUGUGAUGAGGUCACCUCCUUCCUCAAGACCAAGAAGGUCCUCCUCCUGAGGGCCAUGGAGCUGCACCACUGUCUGGAGAAGGCAUCGAGGUGGUGUGAGGAAGGGAUCUACCUCCUUGCCUCCCAGCCGGUAGAUAGAUGUCAGUCUCAGGACGGGGCGGAGGCCGCGCUGCAGGAGCUGGAGAAGUACCUGGACACGGCCCCCCAACACCAGAUCACCGACCUUAACGCCAUCUGGAGGGACUAUGACUCCAUCCUCAAUCCAGAGCUCAGGGAGCAGGUAGAGAAGGUGUUUCAAAAGCAGGUGUCCAUGCAGGAGAUGUUUGAGAAGAGGAGGGUCAGUCUGAAGAAGCUGGCAGCCAAACAGACACGGCCCGUCCAGCCAGUGGCUCCCAGGCCUGAAGCUAUCAUCAAGUUCCCCAUGUCCCCUCCUGCUCACAGGAGUCAAGAGACGAGGAAUGCAGAGGACAACAUCUUGAACGUAGAACACUGCAGAAUAGUGGAGGUCCAGGUGCAGAACGACGGCAGCAGACACGGCUCUCUGUCUGAGGAGGAGGAGAACCUGGCUGUGCUCCGACGACAUGUAAUGAACGAGCUGUUGGAGACUGAGAGGGCGUAUGUAGAGGAGCUACUCUGUGUACUGCAGGGUUAUGCUGCAGAGAUGGACAACCCAGCCAUGGCUCACCUCCUCCCCAGUGCGCUGCUCAACAGGAAGGAUGUCCUGUUUGGAAACAUGCCAGAGAUCUACCAGUUCCACAAGAGGACAUUCCUCAGGGAGCUGGAGACCUACACAGACGUCCCUGAGCUGGUGGGACGCUGUUUCCUAGAGAGGAUGGGCGACCUGCAGAUCUAUGAGAAGUACUGUCAGAACAAACCUCGAUCCGAGAGCUUGUGGAGACAGUGCUCCGACUGCGCCUUCUUCCAGGAGUGCCAGAGAAAGUUGGAACACAAACUGGGGUUGGACUCGUACCUCCUCAAGCCAGUCCAGAGGAUAACCAAAUACCAGCUGAUACUGAAGGAGUUACUGAAGUACAGUAAGGGCUGUGAGGGUUCAGAGGACCUGCAGGAGGCGCUGUCCUCCAUCCUGGGGAUCCUGAAGGCCGUAAACGACUCCAUGCACCUCAUCGCCAUCACAGGAUAUGAGGGGAGCCUCACGGAGUUGGGCAGGCUGCUAAUGCAGGGUUCGUUCAGCGUGUGGACGGAACACAAGAAAGGUCACGCUAAGGUCAAGGACCUGGCCCGCUUUAAGCCCAUGCAGAGACACCUGUUCCUGCAUGAAAAAGCCCUGCUCUUCUGUAAGAGACGGGAGGAGAAUGGGGAGGGUUACGAGAAAGCCCCGUCCUACAGCUUUAAACACUCCCUCAACAUGAGUGCGGUGGGCAUCACGGAGAGCGCCAAGGGUGACAACAAGAAGUUUGAGAUCUGGUGUAAUUCCAGAGAGGAGGUGUUUAUCGUCCAGGCUGCGACACCUGAGAUCAAAACAUCUUGGUUGAACGAGAUCAGGAAGGUUCUGACUGGCCAGCUGAAGGCUUGCAGGGAAUCUAGUCAAAAGAAGGCGUCAGACACAAUGUCUCCCAGUCCAACCAGCAACAGCCCACCUAUCUGUCUCAGUCCAUUUAGGAACUGUCAGAAGAGCGUGAAGAAGGGAGAAGAGAAGAAGACAGACGCUGUCAACUCUGACCCUAACUCCCCCUCCUCCCCAAAACACAAAGAGGAGACAGUCACCAGUCCCACCACUGACAGGGCAUCAGUGGCUAAAAAGCGUUUUACCCUUCAAGGCUUCAGCAAUCUGAAGAGUCAGAAAGAAUUUCUUCACCCUGCUGGUAAAAGUCUAACAUUACCAAUGGUAUUCUCUCAACCAGGAUCCCCCCUUAGCCCUGACCAUAAGGCCAAAAGCCACGAGAUUAAGAGUGACCCAACUCCCUUUGGGUGUAAAGAGCCUGGUCAGACUCCUCACAUCACUCUGAGCAGGGCCAAGUGGCUCAGCACCUCUAGUCUCUUACAGGCCAAAAGGAGAGGUUGGAACAAGGCCUCUUUCUCCAUGGACGUGCCAGAAGUGCAUGAUGGGUACUCCAGUGCCGAGGACCCCAUGAACUCUGACCCUGAGGAUGAGGGAGGCAGGAAGCUGGCUGUCGGCGACAGGUUCACAGUGGUGGCGGACUAUGAGAAGGAGAAAGGAGGGCCUCAGGACCUGUCAGUGAAGAGUGGAGACAUGGUGCAGCUCAUUAAAGAGGGAGGUGACGGACAGUGGUUUGUUAGAAACUUGGGGAGCAACAAAGAUGGCUGGGUAGCAGCAGCCAACCUUCUCACCCUCAUCACAGAGUCCAAGUCCUCGCAGUCCCUCUGCAGCUCAGAGGGCAGUGUAACUGGCAACCUCAACACCUCCUCCAGCUGCAGUGAAACCUACACAAGUUUCUCUGACAUCAAGCCCUAAAGUCCCGCCCCCUCUAAGCCCUGAGACACAGCUACAGCGCCACCCAGUGGUUGGCUGUUCAAACGACACGUGCACUUUUCCCCUCUACUACUGUUCAAAUCAAAUUGUAUUUAUCACAUGCGCAGAAUACAACUGGUGUAGCCUUUACAGUGAAAUGCUUGCACACGUUAGUUUACAUUACAGUCCAUAGAUACUUCACUCUCAUACUGAAGUGGAGGCUGCCUGGAAUGUAGCAGAAAGCAGUCUAAUAGCUGCUUAUCUGUCAAUGUGAAGGGAAGGUAAUGAAGGACUGCUUUCCUCUGAACAUACUCUACUCUCAGGGAUAAGAGGUAGUGUCCUAGCCUUUUACUGUGAUUGAGGGCUAGCACACAUUGAGAACAGGAAGUUCAGGCCUCUCCCCUACCUGUUUGACAGAGAUGAACAAGGAAGGACACACCCGCUCCAUUCACACACACAGGCAGGCUUUGUACCGCUCCUCCCACUCCAACAAGGUGACAGUGAUAUGGAGCCAGGAACUCCUCUACUGAACUCAACACUUCAACAGACAAACAAACAGAUGCCUCAGUCUCUCUCCUGUGGACUCUGGUAACCAGUUGUGUCAUAAAAUACUUUUUGAGUUUGGUCAACUGUGUAUAUUGAUGGCUUUGUCCAGAGGCCCUCCAGUACAUUUCCAGUCCCUCUCCCUCCCUGUUUCUCCUUCCUCCACCUGUGCUGUCUGGGCUAUUAGUGAACUCUUGGCUUUGUUCCCAGUGAUCUGAGAGAGCUGGGCUUUAAACUACCAGGUGUUCCUUUAGGCAGGGGCGAUAUUACAGGACGGUCAGAUAUCAUAGAUACUUCAACAAUAACAGUGCUCAGGAUGUUCUUCUGAAUCAUUUUCUCUUGGCUCAAAGUCCAAUCCUAUACACUACACAGAAAUCCCCUGAAGAUUGAGGUUCCCGUAAAGAGAUUCAUGUCAGGUCGAUUGAUGUUGAAAUAACUGUGUACUGUACCAGAGAGUAUAAACUUAAAAGGAAUUAUUUGUAUGCGUUAAUCAAUGUGUAUAAGUUCAUUUAUUUGAGAAAGAUGUGUACAGAUAUAAUUAUCCUAUACCUCGUAUUUUUCAUUGAAUAUGUGUAUGUUCUUUAUGAAGACCAUGGAUAUGUUUUCGUUUGCCUAAGUAUAUCAAAGAUAUUUUAUUAAUUGGUUGGCGGGGCAUGUUUCCAUGGUAAUUUCUUAAAACUCCUGAGACGACAUAUAUUAAUAGAAAUAUCAUUUUCCUCAUUUGAGAAUGCAGUCUGUACACUGAAAACCGAAGAUGGAAUAUAACUAUAACGUCCUGUGCUGAAAGUUCAACUCGGAAUGAUGGUUGUCUCAAAUUUCAGCACGCACAAUAAAAGGUUUUAAACUGUUCUGGUUAUAACCGUUUUAGUUAUAACUGUUUUUAUAACUUAUUGUUCUACUGUAUAUCUUUUUCAAUUUGCACCCAGUGAGAUUACAAUGUUGUUCCUGUGUGUCACAUUGUUAUGCAGCACAUUGCCGCAUUAUUUUGUUCUUUAUUUUCCUACGGUAACAAGUAUUGAUACAGAUCUUCUAUAAUUAAUGAUAUGCAUUCAUAUCUGUGUAUAUGUGUAAAUAUGUAUCUCUGUGUAUUAUUAAAGCUGCUGAAUAAAGACAAACAUUCUUUGCUUUAA